AUGGCCGUCGGUCACCGGAGGAGCAGGGUUCUCAGUGGCACAAUGAUGCUCAUCUUCAUCGGUUUGCUGGUGGUUGUGGCAAGGAUGAUGGGCCAGCACAAGCAAGGCAUCCACAAACUGAACGUACCGUUAAGGUUUUGGCGUUGGUGGACAUGGAGUGAAUCCUUCUGGAACAGGGAGCAGCAGCACCUGGAUCUCCUCUACAACCCCAUCCUGAACGUGGCGCCCACCAGGGAUGACUCCCUGGUGGCCCGGACGCCCUGGUGGCUUAAUAACUCCCAGGCCCUCAAACCCUGUGAGCCAGACCACCGGGUCCCCCGACAAGUAGGGGACUACAACACCCUGCCCCAGCGUUUCCAGGACUUCCUUUUGUACAUGCGCUGCAGAGCCUACCCCAUUCUCAUCAAUCAACCACACCUCUGUGACGACAGACCCUUCCUCCUCUUGGCCAUCAAGUCGCUAGCACCUCACUUUGACCGCCGGCAGGCCAUCCGGCAGUCCUGGGGACGGGCGGGUAACGUGGCCAAUCGGACGGUGGUGACCGUGUUCCUCCUUGGCACCGCCUCCUCGGUGGACCACUUCCCUGAUCUAUCGGGGAUGCUGAGCCACGAGGCGGAGCGGAACAGAGAUCUACUCCAAUGGGAUUACAGGGACUCCUUCUUCAACCUCACACUCAAAGAAACUCACUUCCUGGAGUGGUUCAGUCAACACUGUUCCAACGCCCCCUACAUCCUGAAGGGGGAUGACGACGUCUUCGUCAACACCCGGCAAAUCAUCCAAUACCUGGAACAUCUGCCAGAGGGGAUGACAAAAGACCUCUUUGUUGGUGACGUCAUCCAGAACGCCAGCCCCCACCGGGAUCACAGGCUCAAGUACUUCAUCCCAGAGAGUGUGUUUGUGGGCGACUACCCCCCCUACGCAGGCGGAGGAGGGUAUCUCUACUCAGGGCCUUUGGCACUGCGUCUUUACAAAGUCUCCCAGCAGGUGGCGCUCUUCCCGAUCGACGAUGUUUUUACUGGGAUGUGUUUGAAGAAGAUGGGACUGGUGCCAGAGAAACACAAGGGCUUCCAAACCUUUGAUGUGGACAAGAAGUACCGGGAGAACCCGUGUGUGUACAAGAACCUGAUCCUGGUUCACAGUCGGACCCCACAGGAGAUGAUCAAGAUCUGGUCCUGGCUCGCUGACCCCAGACUAGACUGCCAGAACUCCACGAGGUGAACGAGGCCACCGGAUAACAACCGUCCAUUCUAACAUAGUCGUCCAAACCUGCAGGUUCAAAGUGGAAGAAGAGAUGGAUUGUAGAGAAAGGCCUUAACGUGUUCAGGGGUGCUAAUUCCUUGGACAAUAAUGAUGAAAGAAAAUAUUGGAAUCAUUUUAUUUGUAACCAAACCUUUACGACUGUGUUACGUUAUUAUCUGUCACUUUUAUGGAAUUUGCAGAUUUCUGACCUAGGCUGAAGAAGCUAUGGAAUUAGUUAGACAAUGACAUUACACAUUUUAAAGUGCCAGCACCAAACCAGACCUACAAAUAGGAGGAAUGUCUGAAUGCAUUAUCACUAAAUGGAGAAUGGGUCAAAGGGAAAGUCGCAGUGGAUUACUGGAUUUACUAAGAAACAGAACAGUUGAUCAACUUUCAAACCUGAACCAUGUUUCCCGAAACAAAGAAGAAUUAGUUACUAGUAACACGGUAUCUUCCUCUUAAAUUUUUUCUGUGUAAACGCAUCUUAAAUAUACUUCUCUAAUGAAUUUGAACGAUUAAAUGUACAGUAUUUCUCUUUUCAGGACAGCAUGAGAGAGCCAGGGUAUCUGUUCAACAGUGCUCUGACAUCAUAUUAAAUAUGUCAAUGGCGAUUAUAGAUGUAUUGUAGAUAUCAAAAUUACUUGAUUCGGAUACAUUGUCAAUGUCAUUAGUAUGAUUUAUUGAGUUAAUUUGAUUGAAUGUCUAUGAGUUUUUAUAUCAAUAAGAGCUUCAUUUUAGGUAUAGUAAU